AUGGCGGCCUUCGAAAGAAAUCCCUCGAGAUGGAAAGGGACCCGUUUCCGGCGGGGUUUGGGCGCUUCUCGCAUCGUAGCCCAGGCGAUACUGUCACUCACAGAAAAAGAGCGUCAGAAACGAUGGCCUACUUUUCCCAUGGGACUGAGAUCAAAAGGGACUUUCAGAAGCGCCUCCUCCUACCUCCUCCACCAGCUCAUCCACCGCUCUCACGAGGUAGAAGGGGAGCAAGAAGAGGAGCAACAGGAGGAAGGAGAAUCCGAAGAGUCAGAGGAGUCCGAAAUGCAGAAUUUGGAGGAUGAGUAUGAUGGGAUCCUGAGAGAGGAGAACGUGGCGGAGGCCCUCGAUGGAUUGGGGUGGUCGGGCCGUGGCACAGAGCAGGUCUACCUCAACCUGAAUCUAUCCCACUGUGAGUUGGUCGACAUCAGCAUCCUCUGUGGUUACGUUCACCUGCAGAAGUUGAAUCUUUCGGGAAACAGAAUCGAAGAUUUGUCUUGUGUGAGCUGCAUGCCGUAUCUGCUAGAACUAAAUGCUUCUCAGAACAAGCUGACUACCUUCUUCAAUUUCAAACCACCUCAGAAUCUCAAGAAGGUGGAUUUUUCUUCCAACCAGAUUUCUGAAAUGUAUGACCUGUCAGCAUACCAUACUCUCACUCAACUAAUUUUGGACAACAACGAGAUAGAAGAAAUCACUGGGCUAGAGAACUGCAUCAGCCUGACCCACCUUAGUCUGGCUGGCAACAAGAUCACAACAAUCAAAGGCUUAGGGACAUUACCCAUCAAAGUGCUUUCUCUGAGCAACAACCAGAUUGAGACCAUCACAGGUCUGGAGGAGCUGAAAGCCUUGCAGAACCUGGAUCUGUCCCACAAUCAGAUCAGUAGCCUCCAGGGCUUGGAGAAUCAUGACCUCCUAGAAGUGAUUAACCUCGAGGAUAACAAGAUUAAGGAGCUGAGUGAAAUAGAAUACAUCGAAAAUCUUCCUAUUCUUCGAGUUCUCAAUCUACUAAGGAAUCCAAUUCAGAACAAGCCCGAGUACUGGUUCUUCGUAAUAUUUAUGCUGCUGCGACUGACAGAGUUAGAUCAGCAGAAGAUUAAGGCGGAAGAAAAGGUGUGUGCAGUGAAUAAGUAUGACCCUCCCCCUGAAGUGGUCGCUGUCCAAGAUCACAUGACCCAUGUCGUCAACAGCAUGUCGCAGCCACAGAGGAUCUGGGACAGCACUCUGCCAAGUCUGGAUGCCCCUUAUCCCAUGCUCAUCCUAACUGGGCCUGCAGCUUGCGGGAAACGAGAACUCGCCCACCGCCUCUGCAGACAGUUUAGCACCUACUUCAGAUACGGGGCCUGUCACACCACAAGACCGCCUUACUUUGGUGAAGGGGAUCGAGUUGAUUAUCACUUUAUUUCCCAAGAGGUUUUUGAUGACAUGCUGAGCAUGGGGAAAUUUAUUUUAACGUUUAAUUAUGGCAAUCACAAUUAUGGAUUAAAUAGGGACACUGUAGAAGCUAUUGCAAGAGACGGAUUAGCAAGCUGCAUUCAUAUGGAAUUAGAAGGUGUAAGAAGUUUGAAAUAUUCCUAUUUUGAGCCUCGAUAUAUCUUGGUGGUGCCUAUGGACAAGGAAAAAUAUGAGGGAUACUUGCGGAGAAAGGGAUUGUUCAGUCGCGCAGAAAUCGAUAUCGCCGUCUCCAGGGUGGACCUUUAUGUUAAAGUUAAUCGGAAAUUUCCAGGAUAUUUUGAUGCAGUAAUCAAUGCAGACGACCUGGACGUUGCCUACCAAAAGCUCAGUGAGCUCAUUAGAGAAUACCUGGGUUUGACCGAGACAGCUGCUAAGGGCUUGGCUCCAACUGCAGGAGCUUCCUCUAGCAAGAAGACCACCUCUGGGGUCCCUGCACACCUGGUCCCCUCCCCCAGGCGCUUGGCAAGACUACAAGCAGAUGGCCAGAAAACAGAGGCUUUCCUGGAAGUGCAGACUCAUGCAGCGGUCCCUGAAAAUCAGAACCCUGCUCUCCCACAGAGCCAGGAGUUAACUGAGGAGGGAGAAGCCCCUAAGAAGGAGUCUAGUCCCAGCAGCCACCUGGAUCUGCCUCAGCAGGUCAGUUCUUCAACACUUGAUAUUCCUCAGCAGGCCCAAGACAUAUCACCAACGGUGAAGGAAGAGGAUGGUCAGCCAGCCAACCUUCCUCCAAAAAUAGCCCCUGAGAUGGAUGGCCCUGAAGAUGAGCCUGGGCUACUGGUGCUAAAAGCAGAACAGCCUUCUACGAUUGCAUCUCAAGAGCCACCUCAGCACCCUGCUCCUGCUCCCGCUCCCGCACUCAGCCCUCAGCCAGACCAGGAUAAGGAAUCUGGAGAGACCAAAGUAGCCCCUAGCAACCCGGCCCUAUCUGAACCUGCACAGGGACCUGACCCAGCUCCCCUCAGCCCUCAGAGAGACCAGGAUGAAGGUACCACGUCAGCCAAGCCUGCAUCCAGUAGUUCCAGGCACAAUGUUCCAGAAGAUCCUUCCCACGCUGAGGCAGAGAAGCCUACUGGGGACUCUCAAGCACCUCUGAAGGAGGGAACGCCCAAAGCAGAAGUUAUCCGGGCCAGCACUCCUUACCCAGAAAUUCCACCUCCCCAAGACUCAUCCACAAAGGUCAGGGAACAGCCAGUAGCCUUACUUCCUAGAAGCCGGCUGGCUCCUACCAGAUUGCCACAGCCCCAGACCCUGGCUCCCCUCCAGAGCAGGAGACCCACACCCAAGCUUCUCUCUCCCAGCAGGGAAGAGGCUUUGGGGACAAGCUCAGAUCAGACCCCGAAUCCCUCUCCCGGGUCUCUUCCAACUCAGGAAGGAGACCCCAGUAAACUUCCUCCCAUCAGCCCUCCCCAAUCUAAACCACCCCGAAACCUGAGCCCCCAUGCAGUCCACAGCCCACAGCAAGCCCAGGCUGGAAAGGCCAAUGAGGUGAAGCUCCCACUUAUUAGCCCCCCAGCCCAGGAACAAACCCUGCAGCACACCCCCAACCCACCCCAGGAAGAGGAGGCACCCACAGUCCGGCUCCCAAAUAUUCCUGCUCCCUCCACGGAAUCUCAGCUUCCUCAGAACAUCGGGUCAAGGCCUACCUCGAAGCUAGAAAGGGAAAGGAAAACUCCGAAAGUAGGCCAUGGUUCCAGUAAGAAGGUUCCAGAUCUGCAGGGCACACCUCACAGCCGGGAGCUCACUAAGCAGAAGGGAGCUAGGAAAAAACCUCUCAUGCAAAAAGAGAUGGCUAAAGAGUCGCCACACCCGAGAAAGAAGCCAACUGGCAACCCUCAGACAGCCCAGCAGCCAGAAUCCCACGGCAAGCCAACUCCUAGGAAUGAGUCCGACCCGCUUGACUUCAGGUCUUCUCCAAGCCACACUGAACCAGUGCCAGCAGACCCCCAGAACCAGGAGAAAACCCGCAAAGCACACAAGCCGGGAAAGAAGGCACAGACCAAUCCUACCCUGAAGGACGUGGCUCAGUCCAUACGUACAUCCCCCAAUGGAGAAAUGUCUGAGGGCUUAGCUCAAGAAAAUGAAACUGCCCUCAGUGAGGAUCAGCCAACCAGUGAGGGCCAGGCCCUGCAGGCCCCGCAGGAGGCUUCUGCUCCGGUAGUGCAUCCUGAGGGAAGGGAACAGGCUCAAAAAAGGGAAAAGUCUCAGAAGAGAGAGGCUGUGGGGAAACCCUUAAAUGAGGAGAUGGCGGCCCCUAGCCAGCUGCGGGCCAAAGAGACACAAGCCCAUAAGGACACCAGGGAGAUGAGACAGAGCUACGCCCAAAGGCACAACAUACUUGUAUCUAAGCAGCAAUCCAGGGAAAAACGAGCCCGAAAAAAUGGAGGUGUACUACAGGACAGAAAUCCUACUGCUCCCCAGAAUCAGAUAUCAGAGGAGGAUCAGGGUAGCCGGACAGGAAGAGUGCGAGCCAGGGGCAGCCAGAGUAUCAAAGUGUAA